ACGUAAACAAAAACGCAAAGCGAUGCCGGUUCUCGCGUCUCUUACCAGAAAGUACAUACUAGGUGCGGCUUCGGCGACCGUACAACGUUUCCAUUUGCUGCAGCCACCUCCUUACGGCCUCAAGAUUAAUUACUCCAAGUUCCACGGCUCGAUGUCGCUGUCCGCGAUGUCGAAGCCCAUCCUGUACUCGUACUGGCGCAGUUCCUGCUCGUGGCGUGUGCGAAUUGCGCUCAACCUGAAGGAAAUUCCGUACGAUAUCAAGCCGAUUAGUUUGAUUAAAUCCGGCGGCGAGCAGCACUGCAAUGAAUACCGCGAGGUUAACCCCAUGGAACAGGUUCCGGCGCUUCAAAUUGAUGGACACACGCUUGUUGAGUCGCUGUCGAUCAUGUAUUAUCUGGAGGAAACACGCCCCCAGCGUCCUCUGAUGCCGCAGGAUGUCUUGAAACGUGCCAAAGUGCGUGAAAUCUGUGAGGUAAUUGCAUCGGGCGUUCAACCGCUGCAAAACUUAAUCGUGCUGAUUCACGUCGGCGAGGAAAAGAAGAAGGAAUGGGCCCAGCACUGGAUCACGCGUGGCUUCCGGGCGGUCGAGAAACUGCUCUCGACUUCGGCUGGAAAGUUUUGCGUUGGCGAUGAGAUAUCGCUAGCCGACUGCUGCCUGGUGCCGCAGGUAUUUAACGCCCGCCGGUUCCACGUCGAUCUGCGUCCGUAUCCGAUCAUCUUGCGCAUCGACCGCGAACUCGAGGGCCAUCCGGCGUUCCGGGCGGCGCACCCAUCCAACCAGCCGGACUGCCCACCGGAGGCAGCCAAGUAAGGCAGAUGACGAUGACGAUGAACCGAUCGCACAUUCCCUGCACAAACCGAGAUGACGAGUGUAUACGCGCUGCACUACGGACGGACUGUCGAACGUAAAAUGAGACGUAAAAAAUCGAUCGCACACACAACCCACCUCUCGAUGAGAACACCUCAACUAGCAACUACUCUCAACUACAACACCGCGGACAAGAUCUUCCAACAAUCUCAUCAAGGGAUUCUUUUUCUCGUCCUAUUUGCCAUCAAUUGGAACUACAAUUCUAGUCGUAUAUUGCAUCAUGUUAAUGGUGAUGAUGUUCACAAGUCAUUUUAGUGCGUCGGAAACGAGAUAUUACAAAUACUAUUUACAACCAGAGUGGAAACAAAAGGAAAGGACAUAAAUUGUAAAACGGAAAAACACGCAUUUUAAAAUAAUCAGCAAAACAGUAGGAGUGAAGCUGCCAUAUGGAAUGAAGAUACACAAAAUAUCUACACAUAGGUCGAGGACGUAAUGAUUUAUAUUGUGUGAUUCAGCUAUUACAAAAGCCCCAUGUGAGGAUCAACUCACUUGUGAAGUGAGUAUGGUCGGAAGACGUUUUAUUUACUUUUCGUUGCUUAAAAGGAAACACCUUCCUGGCAGGACAAAAGUAUUUAUUGCAACUUCUCCUUGACUAUCAGACCGUAACCCGCGGCGUACAGGCACAAUCAGCAACUAUACAUCUUCUCAAACAAUCGUUUUGCGUCAGGCUAGAUGACGACCCCCGAUGGUGGUUUGCAUCUCUAAACAUUACAUUACUUUAAAAGGUGGUUUGUGCAACAUUUGCUUACAUUACUCUACGCUAUCGAAACGAACCUAACUAGUGUUUAAGUCAAAACGUGUCGCUACUUUCAAAAAGGUAAUAAUUAUAUCUGCAUGUUUUCGCGCUUCUGCUUCGUCUAUAAUCCAUGCUAAUUAUUUAGUACACUUAGUGUCGCUUGACUUUUUGGAACAGCCAUUCCCUUCGUUCCCAGCUAUCAUUUUUAAUUCGUGUAUUUGUGUCGUGAAUGAAAAAAAAAAUUACAAGUUCGCUGGAAAACUAUCCAAGACGUGUGGACGACGAACGAGUGAAUUCUAUUGCGUGUGUUUUUCGCGAACCAGAACAAUAAAUAUUUUGUGAG